AUGUUAACAGAAUCUUGGUUAAAGCCGAACAUAUCCGACAAUUCAGUUGUAUUAUCAAACUUUAAGGCUCCUUAUCGUAACGACAGAGAAGGUGAUAAGCUUGGAGGGGGAGUCAUGAUGUAUGUAAAACAAAACAUCCCAAGUAAGCGACGAAAUGAUCUAGAAAUCAAUACUCUCGAAUGUUUAUGGGUCGAAGUAGUGGUUAAGGAUUGUAAAGUACUGUUUGGCCUAUUUUACAGACCUCCAGAUUCACCAUUUCAUAUUUGGAAUCAUAUAAACCAGUCAAUUGAAAACGCAGUAAACAGCGGUAUAAAAAGUAUUGUGGUCAUGGGCGACUUUAACGAAAAUUUAUUACUGGCAAACCGUAAUAAUUUAAAAAACAUAUUAUUAGAUAAUGGUAUGCACCAAGCAAUUACUGAGCCAACAUUUUAUUGUGAAAAUUCCUCAUCACUCCUCGAUCCCCUUACAGUUAAUGAUAUCAAUAUUCUUGCAUAUCACGAAGUGAGUGAAAAUAUUUUAGAAGCAAAUACUAGGUUCCAUUGUCCAGUAAGUGGAAUACUAAAUUUGCACAAACCGAAAUAUACCCAAUUUAAACGUAAAGUGUGGGAUUUUGAAAAAGGGGACUACAAUCUCUACUGUGAGGAGUUAAGACAAGUUGACUGGGAUAGUUUACUAGAUACAAAUUUAGAUAAUGCAGUCUCCAUUGUUACACAAAAAAUUCUAGACGCUGCUAACAAGCAUAUACCAAGUAAACUAAUUGUUGUUCGCACGAAAGAUCCACCCUGGAUGACGUCAAUUAUAAGGAGACAAAUUCGUAGACGGAAACGUUCGCACAAAAAAGCCAAAAAAUACAAUACUCCCGAGUCUUGGGCAAACUUUAAAAAAAUUAGGAAUGAAUGUGUUAACAUGAUUAAACUAGCAAAAACCCAUUAUUUUGAAAAACAAUGUGAAUCAUUACAUUCACAAGUAGAUUUCAUCAAGAAUUGGUGGAAGAAAUUGCGUAACCUGGCUGGAUUUCCUUCUAAAUCCUCAGACUACCCCCCUAUUUUAUUAAAUGAUACCUACUUAGACGAUAAUAAGGAUAAAGCAAAUGCCUUUAAUCGUUAUUUUUGUGAUCAAUCGAGUGUUGAUGACUCGUCUGCAAAUAUCCCAGAUCUAAAUUUAGACGAAAUUUUACAUACUUUAGAUAAUAUAAUUAUAACGCAAGAGCAAGUUUAUGACCAACUGCUCUUGUUAGAUGUGUCUAAGGCAACCGGCCCCGAUAGCAUUAGUCCAAGAUUUCUCAAAUAUGCGGCUUUAGAAUUAAGCUAUCCCCUAGCUCUGUUGUUCAAUAAAUCUCUUCAGUUAUGCAUUUAUCCUUAUUAA